AUAAUUCCUUGCGUUUUUAGUACGGUUUGAGUGGAACAAUGUCAGGAUCCAAUAACCCAUGGCUACAGUUCCACCAAAACAACCAGCCACCGACGGUGCAAACCACUGAUCAUGUGACCCCAGUGGUCACCUCACCCAACCCUAACCCUACUGGCUCGAAUCACCUCAACCGAGUUACGCGACCCACCAUCGCCCGUAAACGGUCCCGGGCUUCCCGGAAAACUCCCACCACCUUACUCAACACUGAUACUACCAACUUUCGUGCCAUGGUUCAACGGUUCACCGGUGGUUGCAACACUGGUGGCGGCGACGACAGUUCCGUACCGUUUCCGGUUAGUUCAGCUCAUCAGGUUUUAAAUACUUACAACACUACUUCUACUGGAUUCAGUGAGGGUAUGCGUCUUAAUGAAAGCCAUAACAUGGAGUUCCGGCUACCGAAUAACCAGCCGUAUUUUACGAUGAUGGGGGACUCCGGUGGAGCUACUGCUGCUUAUGAUGAUGAUAAUAGUAAUCAACAUAUGGGGUUUAGACAGACAGGGUCUUUUAAUUUGACUGGUAAGAAGAUGAAUUAUAAAAUGUUUUGAAAAUGUCAUCAGGAAAAUAAAAAUCUUAGGGUUCAUGUUUGGUAGUUGACUUCUUAUGGACUACUUUAGUUUACUGGAUUCGUAUAGUUGGAGGGUAGAUUAACAGAUGUAAAUUUCCUUGUAUUGAUGAUCAUAUAUGUGUUUUUACUUUGAAUACAAGUGUUUUAUUACUAA